AUGUCCUCACAAGACGUAGCUAAUCAUUACAAUGCGAUACCAAACAAAACUACUGAAGACAGAAGAGCUUCAAAGAUUAUACAUCUUAGAAAUUACAAUAAUUGGAUGAAGAGCAUGUUAAUCGGUAUGUUUUUUACAUUAUUAUUGAAAGUUUAGGUCUUGGAGAAGCUUUAUAUUUUCUUUUUGAGGAAUUAGGGUGUUUAAAACUUGGCAUAUUGAGCAUCAUUUUAAUUGAAAUGUGCUAAACUUUGCGUGAAUGAUAUAAAUAUUAUAGUAGAGAUUUCAAAACUAAGUUUUAUGUAACUAAUUACAAUAUUUCAGCUAGGUUUAUAAAGCGAUUGAACAAAAAAGGAAUAGAACGACCAGCAGUACUAGAUCUGUGUUGUGGUAAAGGUGGAGAUCUGUCAAAAUGGAAGGUGUCUAAUAUAAAGGAAAUCGUCAUGACAGGUGGGUAUUAUUUUACAACUGGCCCAUAGGUGCUUAUAAUGGUAAAGAUUAGCUGUUUAUUAUAAACUAACAUGACAAUUAUGAGCAUUGUAACAUAUACAAUGAAAUUUGAGAAAAAAUUGAAGAUUGAGGGUUUUGUGUUACGUAACUAUUGUCUUCAGACGUAGCCGCCGUAUCAGUAGAGCACGCCAAAGACAGAUACAAAGAAACGGUGGAUCGAAUGAGAAACGAACGUCGCGACCCAUUCACAGCACAGUUCGUAGUGGCGGAUGCUGGGAAAGAACGAUUGGCUGAUAAAUAUGAACCGAAAGAUAGGAAAUUCGACUUGGCCAGCUGUAUGUUCGCCUUACAUUAUCAGUUUGCCAACGAACAAAGAGCAAGGAAGAUGAUUGAGAACAUCACGGAACGACUCACGCCUGGAGGCUACUUUAUUGGGAUACUCACUGAUCCGGAUCAAAUCAUGUAAGUGGGGUUUUUGGGUAUUAAAGAUGAAGCAUCUAUUGGGUUGUUCAAAUAAUUCUGUGUCUUUUUCAAAGCAAAUUUUUGGCGUUAUUCAUAUUCGUAUGUGUAUUCGAUUACCCAUACGAAUACAAUAUGUUUUGUAAGAGAUUAUCUAUUAGGUUGUAAUUCUGAGACUUUUUUAAAGCAAAUUUUUGGUUUCAAAGGGCACAGAAUUAUUUAAACAACUUAACAGACGCGAUUUUUGCUUUGUUGUGCUGGCUUUUGGCUUAUAGUAUCGUGCAGUAAUUUGCUUGGCUAUGUUGUUGCUUUUUCAAUGUUAUAUUAACAUACUGUGUAAUGUUAUGUUAAGUUUAAAACUAUUUUACUUUGCUUUGUUCUAAAAUAAUUAAUGUCACGUUUUCAGAAACCUGGUGCGGAACAAAGGAGCCAACAACAAGUAUAAGAACGAAGUGUGUAGUGUAACAUUCGAAAACUUUGAUGUUCACAAAGAGGAUUCUGAAAUCCCACUGUUUGGAGCUCAAUUGUACUUUUCCCUGGAAGAAGUGGUCAAUUGUCCCGAAUAUUUUGCCAAAUUUUCACUUUUAAAACAGUAAGUUUAUUUAAUUUUGAUUAUAAUAUAGGCAUUUCUGAGCGGAAAAAGUUGUGUCGCUUUUGAACGUGUAUAAUAAUUUACACGGACAACAUUAUUUUUUCUAUCUAAAUACAGUACUCUCUGUAUAUAAGCAACUCGAAGGGACCGACAUUUUGAGUUUACUAUAAGGGUUGUUGUCUUUACAGAGAGGAUUUUUAGUUCAAAUUGACUUGGCGUGGCCAAAUUUCUUGUUUACUAUAAGGAGAGUUGCUUAUACAGAUGGUUCACUAUAUAGUGAGACCACAGUAUUAGGUUGUGUAAAAGGUUGUGGGCUCAUAAGCCUUAUAUAAAAAAUUUAUACCGUUUUUCAUGGAUUUAGCGCCAUUUUUUAUUUAUUCAGUACUAUUUUUACCAUGGCUUUAGUACCGUUUUUCAAGUAUUUAACAUCAUUUUUUAUGGCUUUUUACGAAAAUUUAAAAAUUGUGCUAUAUAAACCUAAUUUUUCAACUACGUUUUUUAGGAUGAUGACCGAGAAUGGAAUGGAGUUGGUAUACACGAAACCCCUGAACGAAGGAUACAAAGACUUUAUCAAGAAAGGCGAUCACUUCAGACUGUUCAAAAGAAUGAAUGCCCUAGAGGCAUUCGGCCGAAAAGAAAUGUGCGAAAGUGAUUGGCACAAAAAGGAGUAUUCAGAUGCCUACAGUUACUUGAAUGAACAUGGUGAUCAGGAAUAUGUGGUAGGUUUCAUACUGUAUUUUUUCGAAAUUUUGGUUUUGAGGCUAUUUUGGGUCAUGUAUUUUCACUAUUAGACUUUUAGACAAUGAUACUAUGCAAAAACGUCAUUUUCAUUGUAUUUUGUUUCGGAAAAUGAAUUUUGGGUUUAAUUAAAAUAUAUUUUUGACUCCAGGGCACCUUGAGCAAAUCCGAAUGGGAAGUGAUAUCAAUGUACCGUGUGUUCGCCUUCAAGAAAACGGAUCCAAACGAAAAGAAGGAGGUAGACGAGCCAGAAGUCAGCGAAGACGAAGAGUUCGACUCAUCAGACAAAAAACGUCGGAACCCAGAUGACUAUGAUCACGGUAAACGACAACGGAACUACUAG